UUUGUAGUUAUUGUGAAUAAAGUGCCGAGGAUGAAGCCACUUGCGAUCCUUUGUCUGGCUCUCUUUACUCAUUUAAGUUUAUUUGAAGGUACAGGUAAGUUUAUAAAUUAGUCGACGUUGACGUAUUUGUCUGUUUAUUUUUUCAUUUGGUUUCCUUCAGAUUCAAGGGGGCGCAAAUAAAAAAUUUUACAUGGUAGAGUUUUGAGGAUAAUCCUAUAUACGCUGUUUUAUGUGGUAUUCUCUACAGAUUCUAGAGGUCUCGAUCAUGGGAAUUUUCUCCACCAACUUCGAAAAUACGAAUUUGUCACUCCUCAGCUCCAAGCUCACGGUCGGUGGAAGAGAGAUACAUCAACGCAAACUAAUUCGGUGAGUGAUGAGCCAAUACCGUAUUCCGAUAUUCACUCUGUCUGUGCGAUUUCUCAGCUCUUUCCUCUUACGGUCGUUUAUUUUGCUUCGAUGAAUCGAAUUUUCUUUUGCGGACAAAUUGCAUGCAUCUGUAAGAAUUGGUUUGUUAAUUGACGGCACCAUGCAGUUCUUAAUGAAAAACAAUAUGUUAAACUUACUCUCCGUUUAGGGUGAUCAUUUGGGAAGAACACUUUUGUACUUAAGGGGAUUUGGCAAAGACUUUACCUUGGACGUCGCCCUAAACCGGUAAGUCGGGCGCUAAAGCUGCCUCGUUCAUUCUAAUAGAGUUUUCGUGAGACAUUCCGCCUGACUGUACGACUUUAUCAUCAUACAGUAUUAUUCCUGUUUCUCCAGAAUUCUGCUCUCUGGCACUUAUUUGUCAAGGUAUUUCGAUGAAAAUGGAAACGAAAUUGUUGAAAAAAACGAGGUAAGCUUAUAUAUUUUUGUUUUUAAUGAAGCCUUAUUUUUCGUGGUUACCUGUCUUUGCUCAAGAGACAAUCUUCUUGCAUUUUGUUUGUCAAAAAUUGAUAAUCGGUCAAUGUCCAAUAUUUGCAUUUCAUUAUUCGCAGCCUAAUUAUUUGCUCUCAUAAGUUACUUUGGUUUUUUAUUUAUUUUGUUCCUUUUUUUGCUGCUCGAAGAAAGGAAAGUUCUUUUAUGACCGAGAACCACGUACAGUGAUAUUGUCCUCGUGUGUUGCUGGAGACUUCCGUUUGGCAUCUAAUCGGCUGAUGACAGCCAUGACAUUCGAGAAGGGCCACAAUCAAUAAAAAUAGAUCGUGUUACCGCCAUUGCGAAAGUUGCCACUUUUUUGAAUAUAGCUACAGAUGUUAUUUUCUUUGGACGCAUAUUAUCUGGCUUGAUCUUCAUAUCCAAUUUUACUCCCUCUUUGUCUUCAUGAUGUUCUUAUAUUUCGAAGCCUAGAGAGGGAAUCUCCCUUUGUGACAUUCAAUCUAGUUUUGGUGGUGCCAUAUUUCACGAACCUUUUUAGGUUAAAAAUAAUAAUGAAGGAUCUAUAGAUACUGUAUCUAGUUUCUGACAGACAUGACGUAUUAGCUGGCAUGGUGCUUUACAUAAACCUACUUAACCUUCCUCUCAACUUGUGAUCGGGCGUAAAACAGGUUUUGUAUUUUUCCAAGGUCAUUUUCUCUCCUUAUUUACAUCUCAAGUAUAGAGGGAGGAUGCAGUAUUGACAACAUUUAAUUUAUAAUUUAAUUUCUGAUGGAAAUUUCCUUUUAUUAUACCCACACGAUAUUUUAAACACUGGAUUAUGUAGGCGUAAAAGAAAGGUCACAUUAUUGUUGCAAAAUAAUAAUUAUACUGGUAAUUAAUGUGAAACAAAGGCACCUUGAUAACAAAAUCAUUUACUUUAAUUGGAAGUUUUUUUUUCAAAACCUUUUUUUAAAAAUAUAAGUAACACACAUUGUUAUUCAUUCAAAAUACUUCUAUGUUUCUGAUUGGCUUAAAUUCCCCGGCUGUAAUUUUUCAUAGCCAGCUAGUGCUUGCUUUGGAAGAUGUAGGCAAUAUUAUGCCAUCAAUUCAAUUAGUUAUUGCCCAACAUAAAAUUAAAACCUCGUUUCCAGUUAGCGGCACAGAAAACCUAACUAUUUUGCAGGGGUUUCAAUAGUAGCUGGGUAGCGGGUAGAUCUACCUGCUUGCAACGGGCCGAUUACCCGCUUAAAGCCUUCACAUGAACGUCGAGUAAGACCAGAUAAUUUCAUCUCAGCUUGCAAUUCUUGCCAAAAAAUUUGGCAAAAUAGGUUUUGACUGUGACUACUUCAUUGUAACAUAAUUCUCUUCAAAUUUGUUUAAAUUAGUUGACUUAGGAGCAAAAAAAUGAAACAACAAAGCAACAAAAAAAGACCUGAGAAUGCAUCUGCGAGAAUCUAGAACUUCAAAAUUUUCUGGGGGAGCAUGCCCCUGGACCCCCCUAGUGUCGAAGGCCCUUUGGGCCUUCGGCAAAUAUACCCGCCUGUUGCCCUUAAGUACCCACUUGUGCAAAAACUUAUUGAAACCCCUGAUUUUGGCGUGAGUGAAUUCAACAAAACAGAAAAAAGAUUCAUGGCUAUCUGAAGAAGUUAUGGUGAAUGACCUACUAAAACUGUCAGGGAAAAAUAUGUGUUUCAUCUAAGACUGUGCUGAGAAACUGGCAAAUGUUAGGAAGAAAGUUUACGACUGAGUCAAGGGUGUUUAGAACUUCGAAAUACUGUAUUUUGAAUCAAUCCCCAAAAAAGUGCGUCUGCAAAUGAAUUUCUUUCCACCCCAAAAAUCCUUGUAUCACAAAUUUCAAACAAUAAUUCUUUAAUAUCUAAUUCUCCCAACUAAUUCUGUAAGGCAAUGUAUACAGAUCAGUCAGACGAUUUACAACUAAUGCACUAUUUUAGACCAAAUAUCUUCAAACAACAAAAGUGGAACUCCGCCUUAUGGCCACCUUGGUAAUACAGCCACCUCGGUAAUACGGUGACUUGUUUUGUCCCAGCAAAACAGCCAUAUUUUGGUGACCGUACUUAAAAGGUUCCACUGUAUUGAUUUAACAGAAGCUCAAACAAGUACCUGUAUCUAUGUUCACACUUUGAACCAUUACAGCGUUAAUUAAGUGACACAUUAAAAAAAUAUAUUAGUUAUUUAAAGAAACCAGAAGCAAAGAGAGAAAAGAAAAGUCUAUGUGGAUGAUCGAAUUCUCUUUUUUUUAUUAGGGAAGUCAAUGUUGCUUUGUGUUUCUGUGUUCAUGUUAGACGGAACUAUUCGUAACGUCUUUGGAAGUCUUCGGAACGUCUUCGGACAUCUUCGGAUAUUAUUGGACCCUAUAAAUGUAAAAAAAAGUUGGCAGGUUUAUAGGUGGUUUCAGGCAAAGAAUAAUUGUUUAAAAAACUGUGUAAGUGAUAAAAUGUAAUUGUGUCACUUGUAGAAAAAAGACCAUUGCUACUAUCAAGGAACAGUUCAAGGAUGUCAGCAUUCAGUUGUUGCAAUUAGUACAUGUCAAGGAAUCGAGUAAGUGGUUUUAGUUACAAUUUUUUUUCAUUUGCCAUUGAAAACACAAUCCUACUAGUCAUCUCCGAUUACUAAGAAUUGCCCUGCUAAUUGUUGAAGUUUUAAAAACUAAUAAUAUUUGGAACAUUUCAAUACAGUCGACUCCCGAUAACUUGAACCUUCAAGGAAGUCAAAAAAAGUUUGAGUUAUCAGGAGUUCGAGUUAUCGAGAGCUCGUAGCAAAUAACUAGAAAAAACGCAAAAAAAAUGGUUUUCAAAACAAUCCCAUUUAAUUGUGGUGCUGACUGGUAAGGCAGUUAACCCUGACCAUUGAAAAAAUUAAUAAGCUUGAUUAAUAUACGGGGACCCAUGACACUGUAUUUGAACUGGACUGACAAAAAAGUAAUGACAAAGAAGACAUGGUUUAUUUGAAGCAAAUUCAAUGUUUCAGACUGCAAUACACCUUUUUUGAAACUUAAUUUUGCCCCAUGCUCAAAACAUGGUUCAAGUUAUUUAUCAAGGGUAAAAUUAUAUAGAAAUGAUCUGAAGGGUAAUAAAAAUUACUUCGAAUAAGACAAAUUAGUGUGAAGCUCAAGUUAUUGACAUACUGAGGCAAAAAUUACGAGAAUUCUAUGCAGGAAAUUCAGAGGAAAUUGACUUUGGUUGACUGUAUUUUUUUUACAAAAAAGGUAAUAUUUAAUCCAUGUAGCCAGCCUAAGGACUUGCGUGUAGGCUACAUUUUGUCUUAAACCUAAGGGUCAGACCAAACAUCAACCUUUCCAUGUACCAAAAUUUAAUGUAAUACCUAUUUAGGUCGACCCAACAGUACAAGUCUGAUGGUUGAUUCAGAGGUUGAACUUAAUUAAAGUAAGACUCAAUUCAUUUCCACGAUGUACUGUUAUGGUCUACAAUGCUUACCAGUGAAAAUAAAUUAUAAUAAUUUAUGCUUACCAGGGAAAUUAAAUUAUAAUAAUUUAUGCAUUUGGUUUGGUACAUGAGAAGUUCAGCGUUUGAAAUGCCAAGUCAUUCCACAGUCAAAAUUCCCAUGUGGGCACUCGAUCUUAAUUCAUGGGACUUGACCCAAAUUAGAUAUGUGGGACUUAAGUGGUUCAAACGUCAAUUUCUUCAUGUACUUAGUUGAGGGGAUUAGGUUCUUUACUUGAAAAGUUCAAUAUUUUAACUGGGCAUAAGGGUCAAUUUUGAACUGUACUUUAUGUUUCACAUUUCAGUGGGAUGAUUUAUGAUGGUAAUGAGACGUAUUAUGUCCAUCCACUUCCCAACAACACAGAUAAGGUAAAUGUCACACAAUUCAACCAUGACUAUCAUGUCAAUUUCAUUGAUCUUUGGUUCAGUUUUUGUUUUUCCUUUUAAAGUUUAUGCUCAUUAACGAAAGGCAUCUAUGUUGGAGAAACACAGCACUGGACUGCUCUUGGGGGAGGGGUACUCCUAGCUGGGGAGCAAGCGCUCGGGGGCACUCUGUUAGUGGGUCAAAAAAGAGGGAGAGCUUGCAGUCAGGUUUCUAGCAUUCCUGACACAUGCAUGCUCUCUUCCUUUUUUGCCCUGCCGCAAGAGCACCCCAGGGAACCUGCUUAGAGGCUAGGGCAUUCCCUGUGAUAACCUUGCGGGAGCUUUUCAGGUUUCAAAAAUAUGAAAAUGGUAGGAAUUUUAUGACUUUGUAAAAGGGUAGAGAAAUCUGCCAGUUAAAAAUUUAAAGGCCUUUAAUUUUAAAUAUUUCCAACAGACACACCCUAUAGCUGUAUAAUUUAAAUUUAUUAAAUGCUACAUAUUAUGAUUAUUGAAAAAAUACUUACUGUUAGAAGGUAUGAGAAAGGGGCACCAAUUUUUCAAUGGAAGGUAUAUUAAAGGGAUACCUUUUUCAUCAGAAGUGGUAUAUGAAAGGGUAAGGGAUUGGACCUUGGGAAGGAACCUCCGCCAGGCUGGACUGUCGGUUGAAAGCAAGAUAGCAUCUAAUGGUUAUGAGUAAAUCAUAGAAGAGGAAAAUUGAACAAGAAAUGCCAUUUAACAAUCCAUUGUUCUCCACACACAUUUCUCCUUUUCUCUGUUGGUAUCACUGUUGUCGUCUAACCAGUAUAACCACUUUUCCAUACAUCUGUAGUUCAUUUGUAGCCUAUUCACAGACCUUUUAUUUCCUCUUUAAAGAUCAUUGAGCAUGUGUAUGAAAAUAAUGUGUAGGCAUAUUUAUUGACCAUUUAUGUAAGGUGGUGUGGGUGCUCACACUUUGUGCUAACAACAUUUGUGGGAAAAAAGUGUGUGUGGAUCUGUAGGCUAGUUCAUUUGAAUAGACUAUUAGUUUUGUGUGCUAAACAGGCUUUUCUAUAUUUUGGUUCGAAUAACUUUUAAAGUCCUUAAGUAAAGUAGAAUAAUGGCAUAAUUUAUUCCAUGUUUAUUGAAUUUUGGUGACUCUAAUCCACAGCAUGUUAUGUACAGAGCAAGGGAUAUGAUGCAGGAAAAGAAGAGAUGUGGUGCGUCAAAUUUGUUUCUAUUACUACUACUACUACUACUACUACUACUACUACUACUACGACUACUACGACUACUACGACUACUACGACUACUACGACUACUACGACUACUACGACUACUACGACUACUACGACUACUACGACUACUACGACUACUACGACUACUACGACUACUACUACUACUACUACUACUACUACUACUAUUAUUAUUAUUAUUAUUAUUAUUAUUAUUAUUAUUAUUUUUUAAACAGUCACAAACUUGGACAAAAAUGUUUAGAAAAAUGGAUGUUGCCAUGUUUAGAUAAAGCUCUUGAAAGCACUUGGUAACUACAAAUACUCCCCUUUCCCCCGAAAAACAAUGUUGAAGUCUAGCUGGAUCAUUUCUGACCCUGCCUGAACAACAUUGACCAGGCUGCGGUGAGGGGAGGGGCCAUAGUGGUACCAAAUCUGCGGAAUAGCUGUUCUGUGAGUGAGAAAGUGAAAAAUUGUUAACACUUUUUGACCAGGGUUGUAGAUUUUUUAGGUUUUUAUUUGGUCAGAACCAACUUUUGAAAGUAUUGUACAUAUUGUUACCUAUUUCUUUUCAGUCUUGUGUAUUGAACAUUAUAUUAUUUCCUACAGGAGUUGAAAGUGCUAGUUCUGAAACUUUUGUGGAUCAGCUUACUGCUCAUGGAAAGCAUAGGGUGAGUGUAGUGCUAAAUAAAGGGCUAAGAGCCUCCCUGUUUCAUAAUAAUGCUGGUGCAUAUUGUUUUCUUCUUUUCUGCAAAAAGAAAAAUGUGGCUAAGAAACUCGUGAGGUCAACUUGUAGCAAGUCUAUUUAAGAAUAUGUUAGGGUAAAAAUUUAUUUGCUAGUUACAUGUACGCCCCAUUUAUACAAUAACCUGUUUAGCCUAAAAUGUGAAAUAGGUUCUUAUUUUCUAAAAUCUAUUUAGAAAAAUUGUGUAUACAUAGGCAAAUAUUCAGGAUCCUUUUUGGAGACGUGGGUGGCUGAUCACUCCAACCACAAUGUAUUGCUAUGCAGAUUUUAUAUAACUGAGGAAUAAGCUGAAUACCACUUAAUACUCAGACCUACAAUGUAUUUUUUUCCGUCAGAAAAUAAGAACCUAUUUAAGAACCUUAAUAGCCUAAUUUUGUGCUAAUUGCCAUUAUAUAAGAACCUGAUUAGGCUAACUUGGCAAAAUGCAGGUUCUAACUCUCGGGUUUAUACUGUUGUACAAUCAGUCACUAGCGUAGUAACUAAUGUUUUUGUACAAUAAAAGGAUUAAUCUGAAUAUAGGUUGCGUUUCUUUCUUUUAGAGUCGUAGAAGCGUGCAAAGUGAAACAAAGUAUGUGGAGUUGGUCAUAGUCAAUGAUAACAGCCAGGUGAGUCAUGUGGCAGGGAACAAACUGCGAUUUUUUUAUGUGCUUAUUACUCAAAGACCAGGAGCUCGUUUCUCGAAAGACCCGGAAACUUUUCAGGUCCAAAGGCAAAUUUUAAAUCAAAAUCUGUUGAAUAGUUGCACAGUUCCUAGCCUACAAACCAAUUAUACUUCGGAACUGAUAGUUUCAUUGUAUUAUUUUCAAAAUUAUUAAAACUUUUAUCUUGAAUGCAAACAUAACAAACACAAAACAGCUUUCCGGGCCCGAAAAGUUAUUGGGACUUUCGCGAAACGGGCCCCAGAUCUGUUGAUUUUUCAGCUUAUCCCGAUAAAAUAUUAUUUGCGAAGUUUGAAAAACUCUAUCUAGUAGAUUCAGAGCCAGUCCAUGUAUCUGUAGUUUACAAGAUUUCAGCAAUUGAUACUGAACCUACAAGGAGCGACUUCCUUCGGACAGCCCAAAGCCCGGUCAAAGGCCGAAACCAAUGGAGACGAAACCGCGCUUCUGACUUAAGCGAUACCGGAAACCGUGCCUAAAAAGUUUCUGGCACCCGGAGCAUUGCUUCUUAGAUUCAGUAAUGCUUCUACGUUAGGCGGAUUCCUCUUGUUACAGUUUUAUUUAGUUUGCCCCCGUCAACCAUGCAGACAACGUGAUAUGACUGACACAAUCAGACUAGGUAAAUGUGGUUGUUCUCGUUACAUAGCAUAUUUUUCUGUUUCAUUAGUAUGUGGAUCUGAGUAAGAACAAGGCUUCAGUGGAACAUCGGUCAAGGAGUAUAGCCAAUAUUGUGGACUCUGUAAGUAUGAUAGUGAGUGUAGUCUUUAGGGAGCUUAAGAAACGACGACGGAGACGGAAACGAGAACGGCAAAAAGGCAGUAGGUUUAGAUUUGCAAAACAACUUCCCUGCACGUGCAUCAUGCUUUUUUGUACAUUCCUUAGCCGUUGUUGCACGACUACAAAAACGACUACAAAAGCGUGAAAAGGCCUAUGUCUGCUUUGGAAAAUGAAAAUCCAGAUUGCAGUUUUUUGCAAAAAGAGGCCCGCCACCUUCUGGGCGGAUCCAUUUCUUUCGUUAAAACGGUGCGGUCUAAAGAACCGAAAGGUGACUGGAGAGGCAUCGUGGAUCGUGGAUGUGCGGAUGUACGCUUAAAAUAUUUCUCAGUGAGAGAGACGCUGGCGUACGAGGACUGAAGAAUCAAAAGUAAAGCGUUGUUUGGUCAGGCAUCAACCAAAACGGUAACCGGUCAAGUCAUCUCGAAACUGUCAUCUCACCCGAAGUUAUGUCGCCCGAAAUGCUGUGUCACGGCAGUCCAGUUCAUUUUGUUUAAUUUUGCCAAUUACUCGCCCUCAAUCGUUAUGGAACUUAAAGUAAGCGGAGAAAUUACAGGUAAAUGACAAAACCAGAGAUCCGAGACAAACAAAUAUGUCCCCUGAGCAUUAUUUUUGAAGUUGCAAGCAGCAGGCAUCAACUUUGAAAAACUGUUAGGCUGAACAGUUUUCAAAAACCCUAAUUUCAAUCCGUUUCAAUCUUCUUCAGUUUUGCCCAUCCGUGGCAUCUGUUGUUUCUGUUAUGUUAUUUUAACCUUUUCUUUAAAGUUCUAAGAGGUUAUUUUUAUGUUUCUCCUAAUUUAACGGGCAUUUUGUAAUUUCCUAAUUUGGAUGAAUUUCGUGACACAGCUAGUCUUUAAGUCGCGACUUAUCUCUAGUUUAACUUCAUACAAGAUGACUGUUGGACGACUUGACCGUAAACAUAUUUUCAAAACGUGUUUAUGUUAUUCCCUUUCAGCUUUAUCGUCCUCUCAAUAUUCGCAUUGCUUUGACGAUGGUUGAGGUUUGGACCGAUCGUGAUCGAAUUGUUGUUGAUGAGAACUCGGACAAGUGUUUGGACAAUUUCAUGGUUUACAGGAACGACGUCCUUUAUAAGAACUUCAAGCAUGACAAUGCAAUGCUUCUGGUGUAAGUAGUGAAAAAUAUGACUGUAUUCACCGAAAUAGCACAUGGUCGAUAUACGAUUGUAUACGCAAGAAAAGUCAAUUGCAGAGAUAGUACCUCCGUGAUUAACCGCCAUGGCUCAAAUACACUGCAGUUUUUAUUGGUGGUGUUGCAAAUAAUGCCGCCGCAUUUUGCCUAAAGUCGGGACCUCUCUUUAGCGCCCCGCUGUACUGUACAGUGUAAUAAGCUUUAGGUAUAAGGGCAAGGUACAUGUUUGUCAGAAGCAUUGAGUCAAAGCCGUUGUUUAAUCAAAGAACGGACCCGAAUAAACUUUAGGCCCUAAACGCUUUGAAUGCUUAACUGAGCAAGUAGGAUACAAACAGCAGAACUGUAGACCCGUUUAGGUGCUCCCUAGUUUAGGGGGCAUACGCUCUGAACCUAGAUUCAGGAGCACCAAAGAAAGCAGCUAAUGCGUAGUUGUUUGUAUUGACCACCCACGUGGCGGGCUUUUUGCUUGGAUGAAAAUCAAGUACGGGACCAUAGCUUUGUUCAACGUCUGUUUAUCUAUAGUUUGAUUUUUUUUGUUGCUCUUUUCUUGCAGACAUCGUUCUUUUACAGGUUCAACAGUUGGUAAAGCUUCAGUGUCGGCUAUGUGUGGGAGAAAGUCGGGCGGGGUUGUUCAGGUACACGUAUAGUGCGAAUAAUAAUAAUAAUAAUAAUAAUAAUAAUAAUAAUAAUAAUAAUAAUAAUAAUAAUAAUAAUAAUAAUAAUAUUUAACAUUUAUUUUGCGCAUUUUCUAUGAAAAUAAUCAAAUGCGCAUAAAGUAGUCACCCUAAGCUUCUGUCAAGCGCUCGUUUGGAGAAUCCUCGAAGAGUUGAAAUUUACUCAUCUCUGCACCAGUCUCCUACGCAGCCGUACUCUUUGUCGCCACGCAACGCUCCUUCCCUCCCCUCAGGGGGAUCGUUGCUUGACGACAUCGGCGUUGGAGGGUGGAGACCUUAAGAUCCGACGGUAACGGUAGCGUAAAAACUGCACGACCAUGACGUAAAAAUGCCAAAUUUCACGUAUUAUUGAGGAUGUAAAUAAGCGGCGACUAAAUUUUCUUUCUUUUUCUGAACCUGAAUAUUUUACUUAGAAUUCAACUCUAGUAGAGUUUGCCUACGUUUGACAAUCGCGCUGAAGAUUGAAAGAAGGCCAAUUCACUUUUUAAGGGACAUUUUUGCCGCCGUCCUGGUCCUGGGAUCUUAAGGCCCCUACUACCUCUACACGGCACCGUUCCUUAAAUAUUUGCAUUGUAUUAGCUGAUCAACGUGAGUUAAAAAAACAGAACGUGAAAAAGGCUUUGGGUUAAGUGAGCAAAGGAGGAGCUCUGCCCGUACAUCACACACUGUGCAUGUGGUAAAUUUCUUUACCUGUACGACUACGACCAAUUUUACGUUUUAUUGAGGAUGGUAAGCACUCGACGACGAAGCUUUCUUUCUCUCUUUAAAAUCUGGUUGCGGUUCCUUAGGAUGUGGACCCUAGGAGAGCUCAGGUCAUCUUGAUUUGGCAAAUUUAGCGAGAUGUGACAACUGCAUUGAGGGAUGAAAGAACGCAAAUACCGUUUUCGCUGUGGUAUCCUUUAGUUCCUAAUUAUGCGUUGAAUGCAUGCGCGGUAUUGUAAUUUCUUUUGUUCUUUCUAUUCAACCUUGUUCUUCUUUAAAACAGGACCAUGCUGUAAGUGCCGCAGCUACGGCCGCCACUUUGGCUCAUGAAAUGGGUCAUAACUUUGGCAUGUAUCAUGAUGAUGAUUGUAAGUCUGCUAAUGAUAUUUAUCGAGAAGUGUAUUCGAGCGGUUGUAGCCGUUUCAAUGCUUUUUUAAACCCGAAUUGUAGAAUAAUAAUUACUCUACCAAAUCACAAUACGCUUAUAAUUCAAAUUGACCAAACUUUACCUUUCAAGCUUUGCUCACCUGUCCUCAUCUCAUCCCAAAAAGCAUCUUUCACUGCCUCCUCUUCAGAGGAGGAGAGAGAGACGCCUGGGAACGAGGCAGCCUCUUCCAUGCUCCAUUUUUGCUUUGUUUUACUUUGUAUUUGAGGGCAGUUUCCAAUUACAAGCACUCCGGGGCGCUUAUAUUUGGAGGGGUGAUUUAACGGAGGGUUUUUUGCGUUACGAGUUUGGGGGGCUUAUACAUGGAGGGGCUUUCGGAAUUUUACGGUAUAUUGGUACAAACACUGCUAUUGCAUUUUCUUUCAAGUAGCACUAAAUCUGCGGAGUAACACAUUUUUCCCUUUGAACGUGGAGUAUUUGCCAAUGGUUUAAAAGUAAAACUCUUCUAUAUUUCAGUUGCAGAUUGUAAGUGCAACGCAGCUGAUAAUCAGGGAUGCAUCAUGUCCGCAGUUGCCAGGCAAGUCUUUUACUUACUACUAGUUAUAAACUCUAGGUCUUUAAAAACAACUGUGGUUUCUCUGUUCGAUAUUAGAUGACAAAUGGUUGCCUCAACGUUUGUGUGUUAAACAUUGUAAUAGUUUCGCCUCUUCUUUAGGUCUACAUCACUUUUUCUGGAAAGAGGAAAAGUGUGGACGGUUUCUUUCACUACUCUCCCCUCCUCCUCUAUCAAGUAAAACACUUUUUUAAGCGUCGGAUUCACCGUACGCAUGUGGUAGCUGUUGGCUGCGAACUGAAAAACGGUUCUUGACAUGCGUAUAGAGGAGGGAUCAGCUUUUUAGGCAAUCGGUGUUAGUAAUAGGGGGUGUUCGCCUUGUCCUUUAAGUGGCUACAAAGGGCGCGAUUUGUCCUUUGUUUAAAUAAUAAUUUAUUUGUUGAAGGUCCGAGCCAUCCAAAGAAUGGUCAACAUGCAGCCGUGACUGGUACCAAAAAUACCUUGACAGAGGAUUGGAUGCGUGUUUAUUCAACACACCAACUAAAGUAAGCUCAAGGAUAUUUGAAUUGUUUCUGUUUUACCGUCCACGUUUAGUUUUACCGCCUCUUAUUAUACUCAUUUUUUGGUUGUCGUUCUCAGAUGUUUGGUGACGCUGUUUGUGGCAAUGGCUUCAAAGAAGAAGGUGAAGAGUGUGACUGCGGUACAGUUGAGGUACAGUGAGUCUGUAUAGUAUUUGUUGUAAAAGGCUUAUUUCGAAUUAUCAAAACUAGGCUCCGAGGUAAAGGACCAUAAAAAGGCGCUGUGGGAGCGUAUAUUUGGGCGUCGAUGUACUAGGCGUGUGUGAAGUUUUUUUUUUAUGUGUAUUAGGGAUGUGUGAGUAGUACAGUAGCGUUGUAGGGGUUGGUUGAGAUGUGUGAAGUAGAAGGCGUGGAGUUAUAUUGGACGUGGAUUGGUAAGAUAAAUAAAAAUAAAAGUUGUGAAUAAUUAAUCCCUGAAUCUCAAUACAAUUUCUUUUUUUUAUUCCCUCUUACCGUCGAGGUCAUGUGUGUAAGUUAAUAAUUAGAAACUGGCCUAUUAGAAACUGAGCCUAUAUAGACCUAAUUCAAUGAAAUUGCAUAGUCAUGACAUCUCAUUUACUAGCCUCUUAAAAUUAUGAGCCUCGGCCUCAUUAGAUACCGCGUCCCUCAAUCUCGUGGAACCUCGACACUGAUGUUAUAUUGGGUAACGAAGAUACAACAUGCAUUCUUUAUUUGCAAGUCAAUAGCGUCACCCUCUCGUAACCUUCAUAACACGUUAAUGUCAUAAUUGUUUAGGAGUGUGAAAAGUAUAGCGAAGGCUGCUGUAAUGCUACGACCUGUAAACUUCUUCCUGGUUCUGAAUGUGACACCGGCCCUUGUUGUGGGAAUUGUAAGGUAAGACUUUGCUUCUAGACUUGUGAUACAUAAUCUUACGUCAAUGAACCGCAGUCAUAAACAAUAAGAGUAACCAUAAGAUCCAAACGCUACAAUCUGCAGCAUAAAUUUAGUUUGCUCCUUUUCACUGAUUGCAGAUAAAGGCAAAGGGUACUGUAUGCCGACAAAAAGUGAAUGAAUGUGACUUGCCCGAACAUUGCGACGGAAUAUCAGAAUUGGUAAGCAAGUUUGUCUAUUCUAAAUAUUUCUCAGAUUCUCAAACUUCUCAAAUUAUUCUCUUAAGAAGAAACCCCACGUGAUUUUUGGCUUGGUGGCCUAUUACUGAAUGAAAUCACUGGCCUUGGUCCUUAAGUGGAGAUACGAUCAGUCCAUACCAGUGAGAGCUCCACGCCAACACAGUCGACUCCCAAUAACUCGAACUGUCGCUAACUUGAACCUCGCGCUAACUCAACCUAAAUUGAUUUCCCCUAGAUUUUCCUCACACAUUUACUGUAAUUUUUACUCUCGGUAACUUGAACCCCCAAUAACUCGAACCUCCCGCUAACUCGAAGUAUUUUUUGUUACCCUUCAGAUCAUUUCUAUACAAUUGUGCCCCCGAUAACUCGAAGGGUGACAAUUGAAGAAAAAAAGUGAGCUACAUUCCAAAACAUAUUUCAAAGCGAUUGUAUAUUCUUUGUCUUUACUUGUUUUGUCAGGCCAAUUCAAAUACAAUGUUUAACCAUUUUUAUUUGCUUCGAACUCCCGAUAACUCGAACUUUUUUCGAUUUCCCUUGAAGGUUCGAGCUAUCUGGAGUCGACUGUGCAUGUUGUCGGCAAAAAGCAAGGGAAAACUCUUGCGUGCGCGUCACGUUUUUGACGAAGUGGCUUUCUUCAAAUAUUGUAGUGUCAUCCAAUCAAAGCCGAAGCAAUUGCACCAUUAACUGUAGUCCUCACAAAGCGAACUAGGGUCGGGUGGGUUGCAAAAAAACAUCAUGAGCUUAAGGGAACUCGUAACUAUUCUUUCAAAACAAUAUGUUGUUAUUACAGAACAACCGUUCAGAGCCCUCUUAUCGUAAGAAGGUUUUGUGCAACCUAGCCCAGGAUCGCUGAUUAAAACAACUUUCAGUUGAAGUUAGUUCACUAACGGACGAUGUUUUUAUCCAUCAGUGCCCAAGCAAUAAAUAUGUUCAGAAUGGCAAGCCAUGUGGAAACAACAAGGUCAGAAUCCUACUUGGUGUUGUCGUUAACUUUAUUAUAAAACUUAGAAGUUUUGAUUUGUUUGUUCUUCUUUUACAGGGAUACUGCUACAACAGUGAAUGUCCUUUACAUGACGAACAAUGUCAAGACUUGUGGGGGCCUGGUAUGAACUUUUUGUCUCCCAAGCUUUAAAGCCGGUUGCACCUUUUUUCGUUCAAAACAUUGACGUUUGUGUCUAAAACCCUGGUGGCGGCACCCCCUUAUUUUACCUAAACGGGGAUGUGCCGUUCAACAGGGUGUGGUUUCGGGGUCUUGAGUCUUUAAAAAGGGUAUACGAUUUCAUCAGAUCCAGUGAUUUUGUUAGAAAUAAUUAUGUUGAGUCCUGGGACUCAUCUUGUGAAAAAUCAUGAGUCCCAGUCUAGAACCAUUGAAUCUCAGUUCAAAAAACAAGGAGUUUUAAAUUGAAAAAGCUUGGGUCUUUAUGUAACCAGGCAGCAAACUCUUUAUCACAGUUUACUGAAAUUAAAACAUAGUCCGUCUGUUUAAACAGCAAAAAUGAGGGAACUAAAAUAUAUAUGCAUCGUUAAACAACAACCACAUUAACAGCCACAGAAAUCACGCGAACAGAAUUUUCUACCAAAACAUGCUCAGAUCGAUCGAUCUUUGCGUCCUACGGGACGCAUCCAUUGAAUUAUUUUGUGUCUUAUGAGAUUAUGAGUCAGGGACGCAGGACGCGGAGGUAACAAAUUCAAUGCAGAUCAGUGAAAGUGCUGUAAGGCCGAACCUGCGGUUUUUUCCUUAUCUGAAAAGUGUAGAGUGAUGAACAUUUGCAGAUGUCAGGGCAAAGGUGGCACAUUCUCCUCAGUUUUUUUAAGUCACUGAGUGUUACACCUACACUAUUUAGUGUCAAGUCACUAUUCAGCGCCGAAUUCUAACCCGCCUUCUGUAGCUCAGAAGUUUGAUACCCAACCAGUUUAUCUUACCAGUCAGCAAAUUAAAGCUUUUUCUUGACUUAAUUUUGAGUUGAGGUGUCCGUAAUGAGAAAAGCCCUAUAAGAGCUGAUAUCUCAUGUUGCUCUCCUCGCGGACUCUUAAUUAUUUACUUGUUACUUUCAUGCAGUCGCCAAGUCCGGUCCAGACAGGUGUUACGCGAUAAACGAG